AUGGCCGCCAAGAACUACGCUGUUUGCUCCAUCAUUCCUCCUCAUAUGCUUGCUGGCAUUGUCCAGAGCACCUCCGCUCAGCAGAUCAGCCGUGAUUGUGCCCAACAUACCCUCGAUCAUACCGAUGAGAUUCGUGUUCAACGUCAUCCCAGCCUUCGCCAGACUCAACAUGGGCCUCCUGGGGCUCAAGGAAUUGUUCCUCCCCACAUCACCAGUCAUGUUGCUCAGCACCACGAUGACCAAGGCGUCCGAGCAUCUGCCGACGACACUACCAAACAUGACGAAGGUAUUCGAGCGGCUCGUGCCAAGGGUGACCACAGUGCUGUCAGCGCAGGUGCCAUCAAUCGAAAGAUCUACAGCUGCAACGGCACUACUCGUCUUCCCGGAACAUUGAUUCGUGGCGAGGGUCAACAACCUAUUGGUACCCGCGACGCAUCACGAGACCCUGAUGAGUGCUACGAGGGCUUCGGAGCAACCUUCGAUUUCUACAAGAAUAUCCUCGGCCGAAACAGCAUCAAUGAUAGAGGUCUACCUCUCAUCGGCUCUGUUCACUAUGGUAGGAAAUAUGACAACGCUAUGUGGGACGGCGAACAGAUGAUCUUCGGCGAUGGGGACGGCGUCAUCUUUAAUGGCUUCACCGACGAACUUGAUGUCAUUGGCCACGAGCUCACCCAUGGUGUAACCCAAUACACUGCCAACCUCGAAUACGAAGGAGAGUCUGGAGCCCUGAACGAAAGCAUCAGCGACUGUUUCGGCUCCAUGAUCAAGCAAUACAGCCUGAAGCAGGACUCCGCCACUGCUGACUGGCUGAUUGGAGAAGGCCUCCUUGCAAAGGGCAUCAAUGGUGUCGCUCUUCGAUCCAUGAAGGCGCCCGGCACAGCUUACGAUGACCCACAGCUUGGUGGCAAAGAUCCCCAGCCUUCAAACUACGCCAACCUGUACAAGGGAACCCAGGACAACGGCGGAGUCCAUAUCAACUCUGGAAUCCCCAACAAAGCUUUCUAUCUUGCUUGCAUUGGGCUCGGGGGUAAUUCAUGGGAUAGAUGUGGAAAGAUCUGGUAUGAAACCUUGACCAGCGGGAAAUUGUCCACUAGGGCCAAUUUUCAGGCCUUCGCCGAUUUGACCGCAUCCGUGGCCAGCACCUUGUACGACGCUGAUGCUAGUCAGGCGGUUGUCGAUGCCUGGGCUGGUGUGGGUAUUACUGUCACUGGAGGACAGUCUGGUGGUGGUGGGUUGUGA